CGGCCGGUCCUUUGUAUAGUAUAGUAACAUGGGACUAUCUUCUGGUUGACACACGUACGUGGCUCUCUCUCCCUCUCUCUCUCUCUCUCUCUCUCGGUCUUCUGCCCUUCUGGGUCUUCUUCACAAGGGAGUGUUUUGGAACGGUAAGCAACUCACUUACCCCUUGCUUAAUCAUCAUACUUACCUGUGUAAAGAUUGUGACAUACAGCUGUUUGUUUUUGGUUGUAUUGUAAUGGUGCGUGUUAAAUUUUGAGGAAAAAGACUCAGAAGGUGAGCAAAAGUAGAGGGUAACUCAAUUUCUUGGUUCUUGUUCUGAUUGAAUUAGUGGGUUUUAAAAGAGGAGUAGAGAGAACCCACAAGAAAGAGAGGAGGGGCUCUGAUCCAGAUUUAUUUGAAGGGAAAAAAUCCUUGAGAUUUUUCAACCCAGAUUUUUCUUUGGGGUUUUGAUUUGUAAGUUGUAAUCUUUGUUUGUGCUUUUUUGUGAUUUAGCAGUUUGGGGUAUUCAUUGUUUCCUAUUGUCUGAUUUGAUUCGUGUACUUCUUGUUGUGAAAUCAGAGGACUGGUUAAGGUUGGGAAAAGAGGAUUUGGAUCUCCACUGGUCUUCUUCUUAAUUUGUUUGUUGAAGUUUUGGAUCAAGAACCUCUAGAUCAGACCACCCAUUUGAAUUUAAUUUUGGAAUCAAGUUGUGUUCUUUCUUGGAUUGCAACCAGAAGUCAAUGGAUUUUGAAACCCUCAUGUGUUGACUUGAAGUCGACCCAAUUAAGAAGAAAGGGAUAGGUUGGGAAGGGUAGUGGUUUGAUUUGAUUUUGGAUCAUUUGGAGGGUUAAAUAGAUGGAGGAAAUAUCUGCAGCAAUGGCUGUGCCAUUUGUGCUGGGUAAUUUGAUCUAUGAGGAGUCAGUGCUUACAACCCAUGUGGAAAUAGCCGGGUUCGAGCUUAUAACUAGUAAAACAAGCUUGUUAACGGAACCCGCUUCAACCAAGCGUCCUUUAGUGUCUAUUAGCACUGGUAAUGAUGAUUAUGAUUGUAUUAAUCUUGAUAGUGGAGCUACAAUAGUGAAACUAUCGCCAAUAGAAGAAUUCAAGAAAGUAAGAAAGGACACAGAGAGGGUAGUUGAAGAUGAAAUCGUUUUGGUUUCAAGUGAUACUUCUGAUCUGGAGGAGAAGUCUAAUACAGACUCGAAAAUUCAUGUGGAUGUCGGGAAGAUAAAUGGAAAUAUUGAGACUGUUGAUGGUUCGAUUUUGUUGGAGACAAACACCAUGUCGAAGGAUGUUAGGGAUCUGGAAAAGGUGGUUGUGAAUGAUGAGAGCAAGGAAAUGACGGUUGAUGGUUCGAUUUUGUUGGAGACAAAUACCAUGUCGAAGGAUGUUUGGGAUCUGGAAAAGGAUGUUGUGAAUGAUGAGAGCAAGGAAAUUGGAUCUGUUAAGAAUUUGACAAAUACCAUGUCCAAGAAUGUUGGGGAUACGGAACAAGCGGUUGUGAGUCAUGAGAGCAAGGACAUUGAAUCUGAUAAGAAUUUUUCUAUUGCACUUAGUGAGGCGCCGCAAGGGAAGAAGAUAAGAUUAUGCAGUGAAAAUUCCUUUGAGUUGGGUUGUGUACCCCUUUGGGGAUACCAAUCUAUCUGUGGAAAGAGCUCGGAAAUGGAAGAUGCUGUAGUGGCUUUACCAAGAUUCCUGAGAUUUCCUUCUCAAAUGAUAAUUGGUGUUCAGAGUUCAAAUGGGAUGAAUCAAAAUCCAAGUCAUGUAACGGCUGAUUUUUUUGGAGUCUAUGAUGGACACGGGGGCUUUCAGGUUGCUAAUUAUUGCCGUGAUCGCAUUCAUUUGGCUUUGGCUGAGGAGGUGGAAAUCGCAAAGGAGGAUUUGCUUAAAGGGAGUUUCGGGAGUAAUUGGCAACAAAUGUGGGAGAAAGCCUUCUUGAGUUGUUUUCUGAAAGUAAAUGCUGAGGUUGGAGGAGCUCCUAUAGAUAACCAUGGCAUUGCGGAUGCCUCUGAGGGUUAUCUUGAACCAGUUGCUCCCGGUGCUGUGGGGUCCACUGCUGUGGUUGCCGUUGUUUGUCCAACCCACCUCAUUAUCGCUAAUUGUGGUGAUUCAAGGGCAGUUCUAUGUCGAGGGAAAGUAGCGCUGCCAUUGUCAGUAGACCAUAAACCAGACAGAGAAGAUGAGCGUGCAAGGAUAGAAGCUUUAGGAGGCAAGGUCAUUCAAUGGAUGGGAUUUCGUGUUUCAGGUGUACUUGCAAUGUCAAGGUCUAUAGGUGACAGUUACUUGGAACCCUAUGUUAUUCCGGAUCCAGAAAUGAUGUUUGUUCCGCGAACAAAAGAAGAUGAAUGCCUUAUCCUAGCGAGCGACGGGCUAUGGGAUGUCAUGACAAAUGAGGAGGCUUGUGAGGUAGCACGAAAGCGAAUACUUCUCUGGCACAAAAGAAAUAUCGGCUCUAACCCGCCUGAGCAAAGAGGUGAGGGAAUCGAUCCUGCGGCUCAAGAUGCAGCAGACUACCUUUCAAGACUUGCUCUCCAUAAAGGAAGCAGAGACAACAUCUCUGUGAUUGUGGUGGACUUGAAAGCUCAAAGAAAAUUUAAGAAGAAAACUUGAUCUAAGCUCUCGUUUUCUUUCUUGUUUUUUCAUUUUUUUUUCUAUCUUUGUUACUAUAUAGCAAGUUAUAAAAAUUCCUCUAAUUUGGAAUAGAACCUUCUGCCAUUCAUGCUGGUUAACUGUAUCUUUAGUGCAGAACUGGUUGUAUAUGCUACAAAUCCUCCUCAAAUAGAAAUAUCUCUCUCUC